GACAGGAAAAGUUAAAAUUCUUUUGCUUGUUAAAAUAGAAACCGGCAUUUUAUAAAAAAAUUCCGCAAUAAAUUAAAAAGCUAAAAAGAACAAAAAUAUUUUAUUUUUAUCUUAAAAUUAAUUAAGCUUCUCUCGUUUAAAUCAUACAAAAAUUUAUAUUUCAUUUGCUUGAAUUUUUUUUACAAAGAAAAGAAAAAAACAAAAUGGGUCUUCCAUUAUCGCCAGAUGAUCUCAAAAAAUUAAAAGUUUUUGUGGACUUGUGCUCUGGAUCUCCACAAAUCCUUAACAUGCCCCAAUUAAGUUUUGUAAAAGACUUCGUUGAAAAGUUUGGAGGAAAAGUGCCUGAAGGAGAAUUUAAGUUUCCAGGAGCUUGUCCAUUUGGUGCGAGUGCCUCAAAACCAGACAAUGCACCUAAGGAAGAUGUACCUAAAAAAGAAGAACCCGUUGAUGAAGAAAUGGAAUCUGAGGGUGAAUCAGAACUGGAACUGGAUAUGGAUGGUGUUAUUGAGCCUGAUAACGAGCCCAGUCAACCUAUGGGCGAUGAGACAAAAAUUCCUACGGAAGAAGAAAUCAAUCAAGCCAGUGAAUAUCGUGGUCAAGCAGCUGCUGCAUUUUCAGAAAGGGAAUUCCAGGAAUCCAUUGAUUUGUACACGAAAGCCAUUGAAUUGAAUCCGGGCAAUGCCUUGUUCCAUGCCAAACGAGGACAAGCUUUCCUUAAACUUAACAAGCCAAAUGCGUGCAUCCGAGAUUGUGAUCGUGCCUUGGAAUUGAACUGUGAUUCAGCUGCUGCGUAUAAAUUCCGUGGUCGCGCUCAUCGUCUCCUUGGUAACUGGGAAGACGCUGCAAAGGACCUGCGUCAAGCUUGCAAGUUAGAUUUUGACGAAGAUGCUGAUGAAUGGUUACGUGAAGUCACUCCUAAUGCUAAAAAAAUUGAACAACAUCGCAUUAAGCAAGAAAGAAAACGCGCUGAAAAAGAAUUGAAGAAGAGGCAAGAGCGCGUCCGUCGCACACAGGAAGCCAAUGAAAAGGCUAGAGAUCAAAACAAGGGCCGAAGUGGUUUUGGCGAGUCAGGCCCAGGUGCAGGUCCUGGGGGUUUGAACUUCCAGGAUGUUCUAGCAGCCUUAAAUGAUCCUGAAAUAGCUGCUGCUAUAGCUGAUAUCAGCGGAAAUCCAGCAAAUGUGGAAAAAUACAAAAACAAUCCAAAAAUUGCUAAAUUGAUCGACUUGAUGAAGGGAUCAGGCCUUGGUGGUGGAAUGCCCGGUUUCCCAGGAUUCCCAGGUGGCUUCCCUGGAGGUUUCCCAGGUGCAGGUGGCCCUGGUGCAAAUGCAGCACCAGAACCCGAACCAGCUGCUCCAAAAACCUCUUCACAAAAACCAGACUUUGUCGAUGAUGGUCUUGAUUGAAAUGACCGCUAAUAUUUUCAUUGAAAAACAAAUAUAUUAUAUAUAAAACACAACCAUUCUAAACUGAAGCAUUUUCUUUGGAGUUGGUUGAACCAACAAAUUAUUAAUUGAACGCUUCAUCACAUACCUAGUUCGCGAGUAUAAUAAAUAAAAAAAUAAAUUACCAAUUCUGUUUGUUCAAAUAAUAAUACAUAUUAGAAUUCUAAAUAUUAAUUUUUUUAAUUUUAUUCUAAAGGUUUUCUCGAAAAUAUAUUUUGAUUUUAAGAAUAA